CCUGCCCGCCUCAGCGGAGCGUCCCACGGCAGGAGCCGCUUGAGGGAGCGCCGGCUCCCCACGUCCCGGUUCUCUGCGGGCUCCUCUGCUCACCAUCCUCCCGCUGGUCCCGCGGGUCCCGGUGCCGCCUCACGCCGCCCCGGCACCGCGGGAUGGCGGCGGGCGAGGAGCAGAGCCGCGAGUACCUGCGGAGGCACCGGCUGCCCGAGCUGCUGCACCGCCUCGGAGCGCUGCUGCUCUUCCACCGCCCCGAAAAGCCACGCGAGUUCCUGAUCCAGGUGCUGGAGAGGGUAAAGGCUGGGAGACGAGCCGAGGGCGAGUACCCGUUCCUCAUGGACGAGGCCAACGUGGACGCCAUGUUCAGCCUGCUGGAUGUCCUAGGCCAGGGCCACAUCAGGCCAGCGCAGUACAGGGAAGCUCUUAAAACUUUGGGACUGAGCACUGAGGAUUUGGAGCUAGAUGAUGAUGUGAAUAUCACACGGGAUGUAUUCAAGGAAGGAAUGGCUGGUACCACAGCUGGAGAUGAAAUAGGUUCGCAGUUCUAAUAAUUUCUCAUAGUCAAGGAAGAAAAAGAUGCUGGAGAGCUGGUCUGUGUAUUAGUUUGAGCACUGGUCUUCUAUAUAUAUUAAAAACAGACAUCUUCCCCAAUUUUUCUUCUGGUUUGUCAGCUGUGAAGUCGAUUUUAAGCAGUACUCUUUUUCUCAUCUUCUCCACCCUUCAGAGGAGCAAUCAGCUGAAAAGGACAAAUGACAAGAACUCAUUCAUGUCUAGCAGGCACUGGAGGGAGUAUCAUUAAGAACUGCUGUUCUUAAUAUAAUUAGAUGGUUUAAAAAAAAAAGUAGAGCUCUCUUAUGCACGUGAAAUAGUAUUUUGGAGUUUUCCUCCUUCAGGUUACAGUUUACAGUAAAGGAUUGUUACCUGUUGGCGCAUUACCACUGAAUAAAAUUAAAUUGAUUUUUGG